CCCUGUUUAACCCCAGGAUUCCCAUCGCGCGGUGCGGACGGAGUGCGGUGCUGGGCAUUCCCCGGGCGGCUCCGGAGUGCGAGGAGUUAAGGCGGUGCAUGCUGGCAGCGCAGUGACCCGCAGCCCGCCGGAAGGACUCGGAGCAGGGGGGUGCGCGCGCACUGGCCCCCAGGAGCCGACACACACAGACAGGCUGGUUCCAUUCCCCUCGCUCUCUCUCACUGAAAGUUCUAUCCUGGGGUUCUAGCACUCUCUGCGUGGAGUAGUGCGGGCAGGGAGCGGGCGCACGGCAGCGGCAGCCCCCAGGAUAAUGCAUGCGGAUUGCAGGCCGGCAUGGAGCUGUGCGCUGUGGCUGUGAGCCGACUGCUCACUCUGAUCCUCGUCUGCUCGCUCUGCCGGACUACCAGCGCACAGAACGGUGAUGGUUGUGGUUACACUGUAUUUGGGCCAGAAAGUGGUACUUUUACAUCCAAGAACUACCCCCAGACCUACCCAAAUAACACCGUGUGUGAAUGGAAGAUCCAGGUGAAACAAGGAGAACGAAUUCAGCUGAAGUUUGGAGACUUUAAUGUGGAGGACUCUGAUAACUGUCAUUCUAGCUAUCUGCGGAUAUACGAUGGCUUUGGUGCUACAAGAAGCGAGAUUGCUAAAUACUGUGGCUUGGAGCCGCAACUAAGAGACCUAGAGUCCAAAAGCCAUGAGGUCACCGUAACGUUUAUGAGUGGAACACACAUUUCUGGGCGUGGAUUCCUUGCUUCAUAUGCGACCAAAAAUAAAACAGAUUUCAUUACAUGUUUAGAGAAACCAAGCCCGCUUUCUAAACCCGAAUACAGCAGCUAUUGUCCAGCCGGCUGUCUUACACCGUUUCAGGAGAUCUCUGGGACCAUCCCUCUGGGCUAUAGAGAUUCUUCAUCGUUGUGUAUGGCUGGUGUUCAUGCUGGAGUGGUCUCCAACGCACUCGGUGGACAAAUUAACGUGGUGAUCAGCAAAGGCAUAGCAUACUAUGAAAGCUCUCUGGCAAACAAUGUUACAUCCAAAGUUGGGCCAUUGUCUACAAGCCUCUUUACAUUCAAAACGAGUGGUUGUUAUGGAACUUUAGGGAUGGAAUCUGGAGUUGUCCCAGACUCGCAGAUAACCUCAUCUUCUAUCUUGGAAUGGAUCGACCCUGAAGGACAGAAUAAUGUGUGGAAGUCUGAUAAAGCCAGACUGAAAAAAAUGGGACCUUCCUGGGCAGCAUCAUUUAGUGAUGAGCAUCAAUGGCUGCAGAUUGACCUGAAUAAACUGAAAAGGAUAACAGGUAUCAUAACAACAGGAUCCACUCUCUCCAAGUUUAACUACUAUGUUUCUUCCUACAAAAUUCAAUACAGUGAUGAUGGAUCCAAGUGGACAAUGUACAGAGAACCAAAUACUGAUAAAGACAAGAUAUUCCAGGGAAAUUCCAACUAUGACCAGGAAGUUCGAAAUAACUUUAUUCCCCCCAUAGUUGCUCGGCUUGUGAAGAUACACCCUGUGAAGUGGAACCAGAAAAUUGCUAUGAAGGUAGAGCUGCUUGGAUGCCAGUUUAAUCCCGUUUUGGCUCCAAAAACAAUCCCUCCUGCCUUGAAACCCCGUGCUAAUAAUCGCUCCCCACCUAUUGUGGACAAGACCACCUCUCCCUCUCCUCCGGAGAUCAAGAACACAACGAUGAGUCCAAAUAUUACAAGAGAUGUACCCUUGGCAGCGAUCGUGGUUCCUGCAUUAGUCAUGGUUCUCACCGGCAUCAUACUGGUGUUAGUUUGCGUCUGGCACUGGAGGAACAGAAAGAAGAAAGCGGAGGGAACGUAUGAUUUGCCUUCCUGGGAUCGUGCAGGGUGGUGGAAAGGAAUGAAGCAGUUUCUUCCAGCCAAAUCAGCUGAGCAUGAGGAGACCCCUGUGCGGUACAGCAGCAGUGAAGUUGGCCGUCUUCGACCCAGAGAGGUGGCUACCAUGUUGCAAGCAGACUCGGCAGAAUAUGCCCAGCCACUAGUAGGAGGAGCAGUUGGCACUCUUCAUCAGAGGUCGACCUUCAAGCCAGAGGAAAGCAAACAGCCCGGUUUCAAUGACCUGGACUCCUACAAUUCCCCUGACCAGGAGAUUUACCAUGCUUAUGCAGAGCCGCUGCCUACAAGUGGGCCAGAAUAUGCCACUCCUAUUGUAAUGGAUAUGUCUGGUCACCCAACCGGAACCAUGUGUUUGCCUUCAACAUCCACAUUCAAAGUUCCUGGGACGCAAGCUCCCCCGUUGGUGGGGAAUUAUAAUAAACUACUAUCUAGGACAGACAGUUCACCCUCCACACAGGUACUAUACGACACUCCUAAAGGGACUCAAAGUGCGUGUCCUGUAGAGGAAUUGGUGUACCAAGUCCCACAGAGUGUACCACAACCAACAGUGAACAAAGACGUUCCUCUUUAGGCAGUGUAUGCCUCAGAGAUUGGAGGAAUAGACACUUCUGGAUGCAAAUACCAGGUUCAACAAAAUGGCUUUAUUUUCUACGAGCACAUUGCUUUUAAAGUGUAGGCAUUUGUGUAAAAAAGAAAAUUGGCUUUUAAUCGCACUACUAAGAUGACUUGUGAAACAAAGUUUUUGAUAUUGGAGCACAAGCGCCACACAGUAACAUAAAAUGAACUAAUCGUUACAGAUCUGAAUAGUGUGUAAGGUUACAUAAACUGAGCAUGCUGUGUGUGCACUCAUAUUACAGGGAUACUAUAGAUGGAAAAGCAACUUUAGUUUAAGCAGUUUUUGUGUAUAGAUCGUGCCUCUUAAGUUUCACUGGUCAAUUCUCUGCCGUUUAGGAGUUUCUUUGUUUCUGUUUAUGCAGCCCUAGGAACACCUCCCCUGGCUGUCUGACACAGCCUGC